UAUAAAUGUUAGAAUAUACAUUAUAUAUGUAUAUGCAUAUAUAUAUAUAUAUAUAUAUAUAUAUAUAUAUUUUUGUCGUUGAAAUCUCGUUCUGUAAAAAUUAUUUUCUAAGAAUAAUUUCCACAAGAAGCGGACGAUUUCUUAUAUUGUAAAUAGGCAUAUUUUUAUAUCUGAACGCAACCAUUAAUUUAUUUGUACGUUCUGUUUAAGCUUAGUUGAUGUUUUAAAGCAAAUUUUUAUCAACAGUUGUAAAUAAAAGAUCGGUCGUAUUAAACGACGAUCACAACCUGACUCAUAGAUAUUAUCUUUUUAUAUGAUUCAUAAAUUAAUGCUCUACUAGUUCAUUAGAAUAAGAUACGUUUAACGUAGCUAAUUAUUAUUUUAAUGUUAUAAAUUAUAAAUAUUUUUAAUAUUAAUGCGCACAAUAGCGAUUUGAAACACGAUAAUACAGAUCUCAAGGAUACUUUAAAUAAUUUAUUUCUAAAGAGAAAAUAUAUAAAUACGAUUGUUGCACGCCAUAUUCAUGGCAUAUACAAACAAGAACUACAUUCGAUUAGAGUUAACGGGAAGAAGUUAAAGUUACUAAUAAAUAAAUAUGUCGAAAACAAUUAUGGUAGAAUUGAAUAUCAAUGAAAAAAUAAAAAAGGAUGUUCCUGACGUCAAGAAGAUCAAUGAUGAGAAAAGAUUGAAAAACAAGUCAACUCUUAUUUCGACAAACGCCAAUCGUAAAAAACGCAUUACCCUAAAGAUACUUCAAGAUUUCACUGAUUCUAGUUCGUUACAUGGUGUAAAAUAUCUUGGUAUGCAAACUAUCGUUACCAGUUACAUGGGAAAAUUUAUAUGGCUUUGUACAAUGAUCACUGGAAUCGUCGGUAUAGAUAUAAUGUUGAAAAAAUUGUUGUACCGCUUGGAUGAAAAUCCGACAGAAUUUUUCGUAAAAACAUUUCAUGCACCGAUAUUUCUCGCCGCAUUUCCUGCUAUCACAAUUUGUCCUAGCAAACUGACUAUUCUAAAUACGCAAAUGGAUUUAAUGCGGCAUGUAAAAUUGCCUGAAAAUAUGAGUAUCGAGGAAGCGAUGUUCUUCGUCAGAUAUGGAGCUGAGAUAACCAUAUUGGAAUUUGAAAAAAACAAUGAACAUUUGAAAAAAUUUAAUGCAUUUUUAAAAGAGAAUAAAUGGCAAUUAAUAGAUUUUUUGAAAAUAUUCAAUCCUUGUGAAAAUAUGAUCGAAUCGUGUUGGUGGCACGAAAAGAAAAUAAAUUGUACUGAUUAUAUAAAACAGUCUUAUACGAAUAACGGAAUAUGUUGUUCUUACAAUUAUUAUUUGGAACAUCUUAUGACAUAUAAAACACGUUAUCAAGAAGUACCAGUACUUCGUACGGCUCGUUCUGGAUCAAAAUCUGGUCUGACCAUAAUAUUCAAUCGUGAUUUAUUCUUCGAAGAUAAUAAAACAAAAAUUACGAAUUUCAUAAACAAUAUAAAACUUUUGGUUUAUAUUCAUCACACUUUGAGUUAUCCAAACGCCGAGACUAUUGGAUAUACUUUGCAAAAAGGAGAAGGAUUAAUGCUGGAGGUGCAACCGAUUAUUAAAAAAAAACCAUCAACUAUUUAUCACGAAUACUUCAAUGGUAUUUUACAACCCGAUUGCAUUUUAAAUUCCGAAAAAAGUCAAUUACACUUUUUCAUCGAAUAUCAACAAUCAAAUUGCUUUGUUAAUUGUUUGAUCAGAGAUAUAUACAAUGCGUGCGAUUGUCUUCCUUACAUUUAUGCACCAAUGGCAAAUUAUACUUCACUUCCGUUAUGUGAAUUGGAUGAUACCAAGUGUUUGUAUAAAUACAUGAAAAGUAAAAAGUCGAUGAAUUAUGACAAUUGUUUUUGUGUAAAUCUUUGUGAAGAUACAACAUACCAAAUAUCGUCGAUUAAAUAUUUAUUGAAAGAAACACCAUUAUCUUUAUCACCGAUUUAUCAACAUUUAACGACUACACAUACAAUUUUAAACGUUUAUUGGAAAAUGGACGCCUUCAUGAUCUUCGAAACGAAAUCAACUUUCAUUGAUUGGAAAAAUCUUGCUGAAGUAGGUGGAAUAUUCAAUCUAUUUCUUGGUUGUAGUAUCAUCAGCGCCGUAGAAAUUUUAUACUUCGUUUAUCUAUUUUUUCGUAAGAUUUUUAAGAAAGAAAUCAUAUUGUAAUUAAGUUAAUACAACGUCUCGAAUAAUCCAUAUUGAUGUUGAUAAUAAACAUUGAAUAGCUUUUCUGAAAUAUCGAUUGUCUCUUUUGUUCAUGGCUCAAGUAAAAUUGGGGAAAAAGAAAAACAAAAAAAAAAGAAAAGAAGUCGAUUAUAAUUCAUUUUGAUGUUAUCGAUUUUCUUUCUGUAUUAUAAAUUUUGUGUCAAUACAUAUAUAGCAAUGAUGUUUACAGGGCACGAUAAUACUAUUCGUAACGACCUGAAUUCAAAGCAAGUAGAUCUAUUUCCAGCGAUUACUGGAACGUGGCCAUCUGCCAGUCUUUCCACGAGCUCGAAUGUAAAAUUAUUUAUUACAACGAGUUUCUACUUUGAUGUUGUCCACCAUUGAACGACGAUUAUCAUGAUGCUCUUGUCACACGACGUGUAUUAAUUAUUAAUCAGCAAAGGUGCAUGUCAUCAUGGUUUCUUUCAUUUUCUUUUUGACAUAAAAAACGAUUAGUAAAUCGUAUAAAUUUAAUCAUUGUAUAUAUAUAUAUAUAUAUAUAUAAUUAUAUAUAUAUAUAUAAUUUAACGUAACGGCAUACAUUUGGAUUCGAAUAGACACGCGAUAAAUUUUGAUACAAUUCCUAAUAGGAGUUAGAUCUAUUUUUCAAGUAGAAAGAUUUACGUUUGAGAUUAUCCUUGAGAUUAAACGCAGAAAAGUUUGUUCUCCUUAUUGACAGGAGAUUUAACUUCGCCGAAUAAUACUUGGGGGAACUUAGACGAUUUAUAAGGAACUUACGUAACGAAUGAUUUUCGUUUGUGAAACGAACGAUGGAAUAAACAUUCUAUCGGGUCAUUAUUUAUUGCUUUUUUAGAUGGAACAGGACUAAAGGAGGAACAUUGAUAUUCCUUUCGUUUUUCUCAUCAGUUAUUUUCGGAUCUUCUAUAGAAAAUACUGAUUUCCUCUUCUAUAUGUAUCAACGUAGGUACACGUAGUGGUGAAACAGUGAAACACCGAAGAAGAGAACUAAAAGCAUCGGCUAUUUUCGUAUAAACACCCACGCUUUCCAUGUUCAUCGUCCAUGUAAUCCAAACGUUUACUUAUUUUCUACAGAUGGCAAGGCCCAUACUUUUCAUUUUUCUCUUUUCUUUUCUUUUUAUUUUUCCUCCAUCCUCACGGCCAUUGACUUUUUCAUCCUAAAAUUAAAUUUCACAAACUCUAUUCACAAAUUAUUCCAUACAAAAUAUUUAUACAUUAUAUCUGUCUGUAUACAUUGAUAAUAAAAAUGUUACUUUAUGCGAACAAUAGAAAUAUCAUUCCAUGAUAUUCGAGACAUUUAAUUCGUUCCAAUUUUAUCCCCAUAAAAUAAUUCAUACAGAUUAUUAAAAUAUUUCAAAAUUAUCUAGAUCGCAAAUUCUUCGAAUAUUCAUCCUUGACCUAUAAAUCGUACCAUUGUUUUAUGUGUAAUUAUUUGUCUGUUACCUUCCACCCACUGUCGUUACUUUUAUACAAGCAUUGAAUACGUUAACACAAUGAAACGAAUACAUUCAUUCAAUUGCACCCACACACAUCGAAUACCCGUUUUCGUAUUAAAUUUUUUUCCAUUUUUUUUUUCUUUUGUUCCUUUUGUUCUUUUUUUUUUUUUAAAUAUUU